CAAGAACCUUGGGUUCGACCUGACUUACCUUUUUGUCCCUGCUCUAGGUGCUCCAUAUUUACGGUUCCGACCAGGACCCGUCCAUCUCCCGUCGACGCUAACGAACUCUUCAAUUCCCCGCGCUCCACUCCUUAAGUAUCUUGAAGAGUGAGAAAUCGCUAUAGCUCUUUGAAAUUCCAUUUCACAAUCCACUUUUUAUUCCCUCACAAGCUACUCAUAUAUCUUCCUGCUAGUGCUGGCCUUCUCCGCGCUCUAUUGCUUCUCCGUCAGUAGCUAGAGUUGGGAAUUAGAAUGAAGGUGAAGGUGAUUUGCCAGAAAGUGUGUGAUUAUGUCCGGUAUGACCUGAAAGAAAUUGCAUUCCCUUCAUCUUUACCUGACCCGCCUCAUAUAAAAAAGCGCAGGAAAUUAACUUGGAAGGAGCGAUUCCUUGUGUUGAAGGAAGCUUCUAGGCUUUAUGCUGCAAGCUGGGUAAGGGACAUUGGUCCUGAACUUCGACCUAAUGACUACAAAAAGAAACAAUACGAUGAAGAGAUACUCAAUGAUGAAAAUGGUGCCACUAAGCAGAAGGAGCCCUCAACAUUGGAGGACCUAGCCGUGGCUGCAAGAGGCGGCAUGGAAACUCUCAGGCCCGCACUGCAGCGGGUAUAUAUGACUAGAGCCUCAGCAUACAGAGAUGCUCUCAAAAGCUUUAUUCAAGGAUAUCAAGAAGGCAUUCAGCAAGUCAUGGAGAAGAAAGAAGAGACUACAUCUCAGGAAGACAAGGAUUUGCACAAGGACAAAAGUUGACCUGCUAAGCCAAAUAUGUGAGUUGCUUCUGGAUGACUGAUAAAAAUAUAAAAUUGCAUAACCUAUUUUUUUUUUGUGUGUGUGAAGACAACCUAUGACUAAAGUUUGGGGACCGAGGGAGUAUUAAGUAUUUGAAUGAAAGUCGCAUGAUGUGUGAAACUAAUUGUCCAUUUACCAAAUUUAGUAAACAAAGCAAUAGAAAUGGAGAAAUGCUUUGGUCAAAGAACUUUUGAUUUUUCUUAGCAUUGUAGUCUGUAUUUAUUUGCAUUCCAAAAAAUCAAAGAGUGAGUUCAAU